AUGAUAAGGAUUUUAGGAAAACAGACAGUGAAAAGUUUGUCCAAUAAUGUCACCCCUAUGAGAAAUGCAAAUGCGAUAAUUCCAUCAGUGACUACAUUACCAUUUGGAAGAUACACAGAAAGUUAUAAGACUAAUUUUAGUUCCAGGAGAUAUAAUUCUACCAAGAUCAAUAGCAAAAAAACACCUGCUGCUGAUGAAUUGCCUAGUUUUAAGAAACUUAUUAUGAUUGGUUUGGCUGGGACAGCUGUUUUUGUCUUUGCUGUACGUUCACUAGACCAAAAUAAACCGAAGAUAUCAUACUCGGAAGAAGAAUAUCAACAAGUAAUGAAUGGGUUGAAAAGAAAGGUUGCUGUCUUCCAACCAGGUGAAAUAGAUAUGCAAUUGACUACGUUGCCUGAUGUAAAAUCAGCCAAAGAUUGGUUAUCCAAGAAAGAUGAUGAUAUCUCUACCAUAAAUUUCAUAGAUCCAAAGGAUAUAGUGGAUUCACAUAAAAAUAAUUCGGAAGAUAGAUAUAGAGCUCUUCUUGAAAAUGUAUAUACGGUAUACGGUGAGGAUUAUUACCAUAAUUUACCUGAGGGUCUAUUAAUAGCGUUGAUGUUGCAAUAUGUUAAAGAAAAUGUGAAACCUCAUGAAAAAGUGGUGAUUGUGGAUUUCCCAAAGACUAUAAAGGAUGCAUCUAAUUUCGAGAGUGAGAUAACUGUGGUGUCAAAAGUACUUAUUCCAAAGGAUCAAUCAGAAACGGAUAUUUGUAAAUAUUUUGAAACUGUAGAUAAAGUAACCUUGAUAUGA